CCGAAGUGGAGUGGUGGCUGGACUCGACGUACUCGGCCUCCCCGACUCCACGCAAUCGAGUCCAGCUUGUCAUCUUCUCUCUAUCUCGCUCUCUAUCACCAUCUCCUCCGCACCGCAUUGUGAAUCACAGCCAUGAACAUCGACACCAUCCCCUUUGUCGCCGCCCCGCCGGCGCCCCGCGCCGGCCUCCCCAAUGCCCGCGACAUGUCCCACCACCUGAACAGCAUCACCAAGAGACGCCAGGCCAACAAGCUCAAGGAGCUGUACAAGUACGCGGCGCUUCCAGGAAUGGUGCCGAUGGCCGGAGGGGUGCCUUCCCCGACGAUAUUCCCCUUCGAAACGCUCAGCGCCGACAUCCUGCCCUACAACCAUUUGCCGCUGGACCCGCCGCGCGUGCCGAAGAAGCAGGGGCUGCUCGAGUGGCUAUUCUCUUCAUCGGCGCCCACGACUGAGAAGAUAAGCAUUCCAAAGUACGCUGCCGACCCGAAGGACCCGAUGGCGAUCCAGCUGUCCACCUCGCUCCAGUAUGCUGCGGCGACGGGCCCGCCCGCCUUUCCCAUCUGGUUGCGCAAAUACGUCGAGACUGUCUUCAAGCCGGCCUUUGCCGACUGGGACGUCCUCCUCGACGUAGGCGCGACCGACGCCAUGACAAAAGUCUGCAACAUGCUGCUCGUGGAGGGCGACAGCGUGAUGGUCGAAGAAUGGACAUACCCUGGCGCAAUGAACGCGUACCUCCCGUACGACGUGAAUGUUGUUGGCCUGCCAAUGGACAACGAAGGCAUCAUCCCCGCGGACAUGGACAAGGUCCUGUCAUCGUGGAAUGAGGAGAAGCAAGGUCCUCGCCCACGCCUCCUGUACACUGUGCCCACGGGCCAGAACCCGACGGGCGCGACCAUGCUCGCGGAGCGCCGCAAGGCCGUGUACGACAUUUGCAGCAAGUACGACGUCGUGAUCGUCGAAGACGAGCCGUACUACUGCCUUUUCAUGGACGCGUACGUCCCGCGCGAUGCCAAGUUGUCUCCGAUGGACAAGGCGCAGCGUGACGCCGAGAAGCUGGAGGGCAAGAAGGGCAACGAGGCGUUCCUCAAGUCCCUCCCGCCCAGCUUCUUGCACUUUGACACGGACGGACGUGUGAUCCGGUUCGACACAUUCAGCAAGACGUCGUGCCCCGGCUCGCGGCUGGGAUGGAUCACGUCGUCGCCCAUCUUUAUCGAGCGCCUCACGCGCAUCGCCGAGUGCGGGACGCAAGCGCCGUCGGGCUUCGCGACGGCGCUCACGCUUACGAUGCUCAACCACUGGGGGUGGGACGGGUACGUGCGCUGGCUGCGCGGCAUCAAAGCGAACUACCGUAUGAAGCGCGACUGGAUGCUGGACGCACUCGCCGACUCGUUCCACCUCGAGUCGGACGGGUCGUCCAUCAACCCCCUCGUCCUCUCCACGCCCCUCGGGCGGGGCUACACGGCCUAUGCGCGCCCCGACCCCGCGUCCCCCGAACGGCGGUGGGACGAGAAGCGCGGCGUGCAGAGCGCGCAUGGCGCCCCGCUCAUCAGCUUCAUCCCCCCGUCCGCCGGCAUGUUCAUCUUCCUCGGCGUCCACCUCAACACGCAUCCCGAGUACCGCGGCCCCGACGAUACGCGGACGCUCAUGGACAAGCUGUGGCGCACACUCGCGAAGCACCACGUGCUCUUCGCGCCCGGGUGGGCGUUCGACGCCAACGGGCCACACAACAUUGGCGGCGACGGGGUGGGGUACUUCCGCCUCUCGUUCAGCAUCGUGACGUACGAGCAGACGCGCGAGUCGAUGGAGGUGUUUGCCAAGGUGCUGAAGCAGUUCCUGCGGGCGUAGGUGUCGGAAGCAGUGAAAUACGAUAUAUGCAUGAUCUAGAUUUGG